AGGAGGAGAGACAAUGGCGGCGUCAGGUGCCGCAUCCGCGGUGGUGAUAACAGUGGCGAUUAUUCCACGGUGCAGCAAGCGGUUGAUGCUGUCCCACUUGGUAACACGCGUCGCACCAUCAUUCAUCUGUCACCUGGGGUUUACAGACAGCCUGUUUAUGUACCCAAGACCAAGAAUUUCAUCACUUUUGCGGGCUUGUCUCCUCAACAAACUGUUCUUUCUUGGAAUAAUACUGCCACUAAAAUUGAACAUCAUCAGGCAUCAAGGUUGAUUGGAACAGGAACAUUUGGAUGUGGGAGUGUCAUUGUUGAAGGGGAGGAUUUUAUUGCUGAGAAUAUUACAUUUGAGAAUUCUGCACCUCAGGGAUCAGGACAAGCGGUGGCGCUUAGGGUGACUGCGGAUCGUUGUGCAUUUUACAAUUGCAGGUUCCUAGGGUGGCAGGAUACUUUGUAUUUGCAUCAUGGGAAGCAGUAUUUAAGAGACUGUUAUGUUGAAGGAAGUGUAGACUUUAUCUUUGGGAAUAGUACUGCCUUAUUGGAGCAUUGCCAUAUUCACUGCAAGUCAGAAGGUUUUAUAACUGCACAAAGCAGGAAGUCAUCUCAAGAGACCACUGGUUAUGUUUUUCUAAGAUGUGUGAUCACUGGCAAUGGGAAGGCAUCAUACGCAUAUCUUGGACGGCCAUGGGGACCUUUUGGAAGGGUGGUUUAUGCCUACACUUACAUGGACCAGUGUGUUAGGCAUGAGGGUUGGCAUAAUUGGGGAAAGUGUGAGAAUGAAAGAAGUGCUUGCUUUUAUGAGUACAGAUGUUUCGGACCGGGAUGUUGUCAAUCAAAGCGGAUUGGGUGGGCAAGAGAAUUGAUGGAUGAUGAAGCAAUGCAAUUUCUUGUCCAUUCUUACGUGGAUCCUGAUCCACAAAGGUCGUGGUUAGCCCAGAGAAUGGGCAUAAGGAUACCUUACUCUGCUUAAAGGCGCCUUAUUCGCAGUAUAUAUAUAUUUGGAUUGGUGUUAUCAGAUGAAUAUAUUGGAGGCCCUUGUGAAUGAAGUUACUGGAUUACUGGGUGGGGAAUUUUCAGGAAAUAGCUUCUGUAAAGCAGCUGUAGAAGUUGCCCUGUAAUAUAAUGAUGAUCUGCAGUAGUAGUCAUCUGGAAUGCAAAUAAUGUGAACUGAAGUUGUGCCCCUAUGAGAAAUAGCAAAUAUAUAAAAUAAAAUAUAAAAGCUAAUCCCUCUAUUUUUAUAAGUGUUUUA